GGUCAGUUAGUUUCAUUUCAACCGGCAAUCGCAGCAAGUGCAGUACCAGGAGGUUCAAUGAUGUUAUUUCCAAGUGUGAUCAUUUUGCUGUCCGUAGCAGCACACGUCACGAAGGCGAACGUCAUAACACAGUCAGAUGUUUGUAAAGGAGGACUCUGUCUGCCGAAACACUUGUGUCCAACGGGAAGGCUUGAGGAUGGACCUCUACAGCAGGGAGAGCUUGUAACGCUCAACGUGGACGAAGAGAACGUUUGCGGUGACUUCAUGAAGAAAUGUUGCAUCGGAGCAUCGAGCGCUGAUGGCGUUAUGAUUCAAGAAGCACAAACGGCUGAUGUUCAAUGUGGAAGUCCAGUCACUUCUCCGCUGGUAUACAAUGUGGAAUCAAACCUGACGUACGCCAACUACGGCGAGUUCCCGUGGACGGUGGCCAUUUUUAACAUCUCGUUUUCAGCAAACGAAAUGAAGCUGACCCUCGUUGGUGGUGGCAGUCUCAUCCAUCCCAAGUUUGUGCUGACGGCAGCCCAUACGCUCAAGAAGCCGGAUCGAUAUGUGGCUCGGUUUGGUGAGUGGAGUAUAAAUUCUGAUGCGGAAAUAUACCCUUCACAGGAUAUUGGCAUCGAGGAACACAUCAUACACCCUUCGUACAGAGAUUCAUGUUUACUGGAGAACGAUAUAGCACUCGCCGUGCUGAAACGCAACGUAAUCUACACCGAGCACAUUCGCCCCAUCUGUCUGCCAAGUCCGACGGACGUGUAUGACGGUCAACGGUGCAUUGCAACCGGUUGGGGACUAGACGUUAGAACACAGCAACCGGCGCCCAUUAUGAAGCGCAUCGAACUGCCCGUUGUACCGCGCGAUCGCUGUCAGCUGUUGUAUCGGAGGGCUGAAGUGGACUACUCCUUCAAGCUGCAUCGCAGUAUGAUGUGUGCCGGUGGUGAGGCUGGUGAGGAUACGUGUGACCAAGAUGGUGGUACACCGUUGGCGUGUAAAAAGGAGGACGGAUCUUACGUGGUGGCCGGGAUAACGUCAUGGGGAUUGGAUUGUGGUCGAGUGGACGCGCCCGGUAUUUAUGUGGAUGUGGCAAAGUUUGCCUGCUGGAUCAACGACACGAUCGAAGGGUACGCAGAGCUGCAUGCUGAAGAGUAGAAGGGUUUUUUUUUUCUAAUGAAGGAGUGUGCAUGUAGUAAAGGAACAUUUGUAACGUUGCGGAGACGUAGUGAAGGAACGCUAUUAACCAUAUUUUACAUUAUGUAACACUUUUAGUUGAAAUUAAAUUGAGAUUUUUAUCAAUAUUGCUUCAAAA